UCAAAUCAGACGCCAAACCGGCUUCACGAGCCACGCACCGCAGAUAUGUCUCGCCUCAAGGUUGCUGUGUUGGAUGAUUACUUGGACACUUCAAGCUCACAUUUUGGGAAGCUUGAUAGCUCUGUCUUUGAAGUGACGACAUUCAAAGACACAUUGCUUCCUUACAAUGGUCCAGAGACCCCAGCAGAAGCGAAAGAUGAGCUGGUUAAACGCCUUGAGCCCUUCUCUGUUAUUUGCACUAUGCGGGAGCGUACGCCAUUCCCAGCCGAGCUUGUUAACCGGCUGCCGAACCUGAAGCUCCUCCUGACCACUGGUGUCCGCAAUGCCUCGCUCGAUCUGCCAGCUUUCCGCCAGCGUGGGAUUCCCGUCGCCGGCGCCAAGGACAAGAAGCGCGGCAAGCAUGACAGCAACGCCAUGACCACGGGGACUGACUCAACGACGGAACAUUGUGUCGCCAUGAUCAUGGGCCUCGCGCGCGGUCUAGUCAGGGACCACAACGCCGUGCAGGCUGGCCUAUGGCAUACGGGCUACGCCGUCGGCUUAUCGGGGAAGAAAUUUGCGACUCUAGGGCUGGGGAGGCUGGGCACGGCUGUUGCGCGGAUCAUGCACGUUGCCUUUGGAAUGCGCAUUAUCGCCUGGAGCGAGAAUCUAACGCAGGAAAAAGCUGACGAGCAAGCCAAGGGGGCCGGACUGGCGGUUGAGAAUGGGGAAGGAAAGAAGACCUUUGAGGUUGUUAGCAGAGAAGAACUUUUCCGGACUGCAGACGUGCUCAGUAUUCAUCUUGUCUUGUCGCAGAGGACAAGGGGUUUCGUUACGGAGAAGGAUUUGUCCUUGAUGAAGCACAGUGCCAUGCUGGUCAACACUUCAAGGGCAGGAUUGGUUGUCACUCAAGACCUGCUCAAAGUCUUGGAGAAUGGCGCCAUCCGGGGUGCUGCGAUAGAUGUCUUUGAUCUUGAGCCCCUCUCGACAGGAGAUGUUUGGAGGACAACCAAGUGGGGUGAGGAUGGGCGCAGUCAGGUUUUGCUCACUCCUCAUAUGGGAUAUGUUGAGGAACAAACUCUGCAAGACUGGUAUGAGAUGCAGGUCGAGAACAUCUUGAGGUGGCACAAAGGACAGGAGCUGCUUAUGCCUCUCUGAAUGUUUGGCCAGGCACGGACAGUCACAUGGCAACGAUCGACUGCCUACUUGAUUUUGCCAGAAUAAAAACUUCAGAGUCUCCA